AUGUCUUUCAACGACACCUUCUUCCGCCCCUUCUUCCAACUCCUCGACGAGCCCUACACCCAACAAUCCCCCUCCGGCACCGUCUCUCGCCGCAACCCCACCACCAACUUCUUCGACGACCCAUUCUUCAACGCGACCCGUCGUCUGCGCAGUCCCGCCGUCGAGAUCAACGAGGAAGGGGACCAUUAUGUCGUCGAGGCGGAACUGCCGGGUGUGAGGAAAGAGGAUGUGGAUGUUAGGAUUGGGGAUGCGGGGCGGAGCUUGACGAUUGAGGGGAAGUCGUUUAGGAAGUUUGGGAGGGGAGCUGAGCCUGCCAGUGGGCAGAACAGCACCAACACGCCUUCGACUCCUGCCGAGGCGACUCCGAAGGAUCAGUCUAACACCGUCGCCAACAAACCCACUAAUGCCGACCAACAAGUCUCUACUCGCAAUGACUUCGUCGGCACCAGCAGUUCCUCGUUCUCGCGUACGGUCUGGCUCCCGCGCCCGGUCGACGCGAAGAACGUCUCGGCGAACUUGGACCAUGGUGUCCUUACGCUGAGGAUCCCUAAGGCGGCAGAGGGGACGACGAGGAUCCCGAUUUUGUGA